AUGCACGACUCCACUAAAUAUCAAAAAUUAGAUCAAGAUGACGUAAUUGCUUUAAAUGUCUUGGAUGACACCCCUGCCGUAUCGCCUAUUUCAAGCCCAAUCUCUUUUGUAUUUGACACAGUAAACGAACCAGAGAUAUGGUACAAAAUAAAGUUUGCCCCCAGUGAAGGGCUUGAGAAAUUAAAAGUUGCCUUGCACGACAAAUUGGAAAGUUCUAGUAGGUUCCGUGGUGACAUUGGAAGUCUUUAUAAUAUCGAUCAGGAGGGAAGACGUAUCUCCUUACUAACCGAUGAAGAUCUUGUUGGUGCCAUUGAAUGUAAGCCAGAAGGUCAAAAUGAAGUUGUAUUGAAAGUUGAGGUGCUUGAUGACAAUCUGGGACAGACGGUUUUCUUCAUUCUGGUUGCAAUUAUUGUGCUAAUUGCCUUGUGUAUGAACAUUUAUUUCACUACUUUCUACGAUCGAGGGGUUUAA